UUACAGAAGAGAACUAAGCAAAACCAGGUGCUUUUGCUGUAUUCUCUCCAGUGUCUAAGGAGGAGCAGAUCUCUCCUUCUCCCUUCACUCUUCUCCCCUCCCUCCUUCCUUCCCUCCCUCCCUCCUCCUCCUUCCUUCCUUCCCUCUUUCUCUCUCUCUCUCCUUCUGCUUCUCUAUGAUUUUGGGUCUUUCAUUCUGUGGAAUAUAAAUGAUGGCAGGACUAACGUUCUGGCAAAAGGUUUAAUGUGCAAAACUAUUUUUCAGCUAUUCAGCUGUGCACACAUUAUUUCCCCCGCUCAACUUUUUUCUUCAGUUUUGGACAUGACAGGAUUAAAAAGGAUAAUUACCAUUUUCAUGGUGGCUGCCUGCCUCUUAAGUUGUGGGAAGACGCAGGAUCGGGGCUCCAGCAGGAGACAAGGAAGACAGGAUGGAUCCUCACUUGAGCAACAAUGCUCAAAUGGGUUUGAGAUGGACCGUACCUUGGGCCAGUGCUUAGAUGUUGAUGAAUGUCGGACUAUUGCUGAGGCCUGUAGAGGAGAUAUGGUGUGCGUUAACCAGAAUGGUGGUUAUCUAUGUAUACCACGAACAAAUCCCGUUUAUCGAACGCCAUAUCUGAAUCCUUAUGCUAACGCAUAUCCUCCACCACCUCCAGCCCCAGCUCCUGCUCCCAAUUAUCCAACUGCUGCACGAACUCCAGUCAUUUGCCGGUUUGGUUACCAAAUGAGCGAAGGCAACCAGUGUGUGGAUGUUGAUGAAUGUGCAUCUGAAUCACACCAGUGCAACCCCACCCAAAUCUGCAUCAACACUGAGGGAGGAUAUACUUGCUCCUGCACAGAAGGAUACUGGCUUUUAGAAGGCCAAUGUUUAGACAUAGAUGAAUGUCGCUAUGGUUACUGUCAGCAGCUAUGUGCCAAUGUACCAGGCUCCUACUCCUGUACAUGCAAUCCAGGCUUUAUCUUGAAUGAAGAUGGAAGAUCAUGCCAAGAUGUGAAUGAAUGUACAACCAACAAUCCUUGUGUGCAAAACUGUGUCAACACCUACGGCUCAUUCCUUUGCCGCUGUGACCCUGGCUAUGAAUUAGAGGCUGAUGGUAUUAGUUGUACUGAUAUGGAUGAAUGCAGCUUCUCGGAAUUUCUUUGUCAGCAUGAAUGUGUCAACCAGCCAGGUAGUUACUACUGCUUCUGCCCUGCUGGCUAUGUUCUUCUUGAUGAUAUCCGAUGCCAGGAUAUUAACGAAUGUGACGUUGGGAACCACACUUGUACCUUGCAACAAACGUGUUUUAAUGUCCAAGGAGGAUUCAAAUGCCUAGACCCAAUAAGGUGUGAGGAGCCUUAUAUCCUGAUCAGUGAAAAUCACUGUAUGUGCCCAGCUGAAAAUCCUGGUUGCAGAGACCAGCCAUUUACCAUUUUGUACAGAGACAUGGAUGUUUCAGGGCGCACUGUGCCAUCUGAUAUAUUUCAAAUGCAAGCAACGUCCCGCUACCCUGGUGCUUAUUACAUCUUCCAGAUAAAAUCAGGAAAUGAGGGAAGAGAAUUCUACAUGCGUCAAACUGGACCUAUCAGUGCCACUCUAGUGAUGACCCGUCCUCUGAAGGGGCCACGUGACAUUCUCUUGGACCUGGAGAUGAUUACUGUUAACACUGUCAUCAACUUCAGAGGAAGCUCCGUCAUUCGGCUGAGGAUAUAUGUACCACAGUAUCCCUUCUAAACCAAGAGUUUCAUUGCUUUCUUUUGUAAAACACACACACACACACACACACACACACACACACACACACACACACAAACCAGCUGAAAAGGGCAUUAUCCCUUUUCUGCCAGAACUUUCUUCUCAGGAGUCAGUGCAUCUAAUAACUCAACAUGAAAUCAGCAUUAAAAGUUGCCAUAAUGACUCAUAUUACAUCCUCCUCAUGGUUUGAAACCACCUGAGCAGUACAUUGCCAAUGGAUUCCAUAGGCAUUUUUCCUGCAAUGAUCAUGUUCUGUUAAGAAUCUUUUGUCUUGCUUUCCAAAACUUUUUAUACAGUGUGAUUAUAAGCUUAAGAAACUGUGAAGUUCUCAACCUUUAUACUGGCAAUGCUGUUUAGCAGAAUAACCAGAGAAACCGUGGGAAAUGCUGGCUUUUGCUGUUCUGCUCUCUCUUUUUUCUUCUGCUAACACUUGUGGAAUCAGGGAACCACCAGCCCACACUCUCAAAAAUGUCUGUGGAAUCAUCAGUUCUGACCCUGUUAUGUGUCUCUAUAGAAACUGCCCCUCAUUCAUCUUGCUUUUUCCCCCGAUAGAAAACUUUCCUUCUUUUUAGCCUGGGUUCUUUUCUGCCUUAAAACUUUGGGAAGAAACAUGUAGUCACACAUGGCCAAGAGAACUGAAGGGAAAGACAGUGGCUUGGUGAUGGAGCAUCUGUUUUGCAAGCAAAAGGUCCCAGGCUCAAUCCCCGCCAUCUCCAGGUAAAGGAUACCCCUUGCCCUGUCUAAAACCCUGGAGAGUCAUUGCCAGUUAGUGUAGACGAGCCUUGCAUCAUUCCUAGCCAGCAUGGCCAGUGAUCAUAGAUGAUGUUCUUGUAGCUCAAGAACAUCUAGGGGCCCAAGGUUGAGAAAGGCUCGUGUUGACGAUGUGUAGCCAGGUAGACCAGUGGCCUGACUCAAUUUCCUAUAUGCUUGUUGAAGAGCUCCCCCACUAUCCAGGGCAGGCAUAGGCAACCUUGGCUCUCCAGAUGUUUUGGAACUACAACUCCCAUGAUCCCUAGCUAACAGGGCCAGUGGUCAGGGAUCAUGGGAGUUGUAGUUCCAAAACAUCUGGAGAGCCAAGGUUGCCUAUACCUUUUCCAGGGCCAUGUGCUUGUAAUAUGCCAUAGGCAUUUGAUGCUUAAAUCUGAAAAAUCCCACUGGACAUGCUCAAGCCACUGGGUUCACAUGUUGCAUCCUUUUGGAUCCCAGCCACUACCAGGCACUGGUUUUUGAUGGAAAGAUCACUGGAUAGUAUUGUUUAAAAUAUUUAUUGUAAAAUAUACAGGGCCUGGUUCUCCAUUUACAAUUUGGGCUCCAUUUAUAAUUCUUGUGAUUUAUAAUCACAAGACAGUCUGCAAUAGAUAAGGAGCUGCGCUAUGAAAUCAAACACAUGCAGGUCACAUUUCAGUAGCUCUGGGAAACAGUCCUCAUUCUGAACACCAAGAAGAGGCUUCUUUGUUCUCUUCUGUUAGUAGGGAAAGCAAUACCUAGGGUUGUGGCACAGUUCAGUGGUAAAAUGCAUACACAUAGGGGCAGAGGGAGAAAUUCCAAUCAGUUCACCAGCAGCAUUAGACCAUUUGGGAUAGAGCAUUUCCCUUUGGGGAAAGAGAACCUGUAGCUCUGUAUGAACUACACACAGUGCCUCAUGC